UUUACACAAGGACUCUGAUUGGUGAUCUGCUAUCGGGGAGAGAAGCAGCGGCCUUUCUAAUGAACCCAAAGAGUUUGACCCUCCCAUUGAGCAUGAUAGGUUGCAUGAACACAUACCAUGCUGCUCAAGUGCAGUGCAGUGAUUUCCCUCAGAGCGCAUACAUCGAGUCUGAAAACAAAGCAACACAUUUGUAAAAGGCAGGAAAGUAUAUUUUGCUCAGCGUCACCAUUACUCAGCGUCACAGUCCCCGGUGCAUGGGAAGAAGUUGGCCAUGGACACGCUGCUGCCUUCUGUGCUGGAGGACGGUGACGCAGGAAGUGAGAAGCUGCAGCUGGGAGAGCAAAUCCAUCCAAUCUCCUCGCUCCGGCUGCCAGCAACCGCCAGCUUUGAGGAGUCACGAUGUCUUACUUUCUCAUUCUCCAUCCAGCGAAGAGUGAGCCGGACAGGGGUCGAUGUGCGUGGGCCAAAGGACCAACGCUCGAGUCCUGACGGGAAUGUGCUCGACGGAGGUGAAAGCGGGGUUGAAGAGGAGGAGGAGGAGGAGGAAGAGAAUGAAGAGGAGGAGCUCGGAGGAGAAGAGCGUGUGCUCUCUGAUGAGAACUACGACACAGACUUGGAGCUCGGAGAUGAUGAGGAGGAGGCGUGUGACCCCGCGGGGCAGACGUGCUACAUGGAGGCGUGUGAAGCGUUACAGGUGACACCUGUCUCUUACUUCCUGCAGCACAUGCAAAACAGCGAGCUGUCCAUGAUGCAUCGUGGUCUGGGGCCUCAGGGCACCAAAGCACUGGCAGUUCCCCUGGUAACCAACACUUCAAUACUCAGGCUGAACCUGCGAGAUAAUUGGAUGGAAGGAAUGGGCGGAGCUGCUGUAGCCGAGAUGUUAAAAGAAAAUUGUUACAUUACAGAAGUGGAUUUAUCCAACAACAAUCUUGGGGAUUAUGGGGCCAGAGCCGUCGCCGGCAUGCUUAAGGAGAACAGCAGCCUGGUGAGCCUCAAUCUGUCCGGAAACAACUUCACAGACUGGUCGGCUGAGCAGCUCGGCCCUGCGCUGAUUGCCAACUCCAAGCUACAGCACCUCGACCUUAGCCGCAAUGCUCUGGGAGAGCGAGCAGGCAAAAACCUGGGAGACUCUCUGUCAGAGAACACAGGGCUGAGAUCACUAAGUCUGGCCUGGAACUGCAUUCGAGGGAGAGGAGCUGUGAUGUUGGCCAAUGGCCUCGGGGGAAACAUUUUCCUCAGGACAGUGGAUCUGACAUUUAAUGGCUUUGGUAAAGAAGGAGCCAUUGCUUUAGGACAGGCUCUGAAAGAGAAUGCUAUUUUGGAGGAGUUGAAUGUGAGUAGCAACCGAAUACCCCCUGAAGGAGCUAUCCACCUAGCCAUGGGCCUCAAAGUAAACAAGACAAUCAAAUCCCUGAAUAUGGGGAGGAACCCCAUCCAGAAUGCUGGGUGCUAUAGGAUCCUAAAGUCUCUACAGGAAAACCCAGAUUCAGCCAUGGAGAAGUUAGACUUUUUGGACAUCACAGUGAACCAGGAUUUCGAAGAUUUGUAUACGGCAGUGAAAGAAAUAUUCCCCGCGCUUGUAGUAAAUCAUGGGGGCAGAGUUGGCGCAUUCAGAAAAGCAAAAGCGUGAAAAGCGUUACUGUAAUU